AUGUCUAGCAGUAGUAAUAGUGUUAGUAAUAAUAAUAAUGAAUUGAAUCAACAACAACCAAACAAUGAUGUUCAAAUCAUUGAGAGUAGCAAUAGCAAGAAAACAUAUACACUCGGUAGACCACCUUGGUACGAUACCACCGGUAAGCCAAGAUGUCCAUUGGUGAUCGGUGUUUGUGGUGGUAGUGCCUCCGGUAAGACCAGUGUGUGUCACCGUGUCAUCGAGUCACUCAAUACCAUCUCUGACAUGCGUCAAGGCAAGCGUGUACAUAUUCCAAUCUAUGACUUCAAGACUCACAGUCGUCUGCAACGUCAGGAGACUGUCUACGGUGCUGAUGUCAUCAUUCUCGAAGGUAUCCUCACACUCUACUCCAAGGAACUAAGAGAUCUUAUGGACAUCAAAAUCUUUAUCGAUACCGAUGAUGAUGUUCGUUUAGCAAGAAGAUUGAGAAGAGAUAUUGCUGAACGUGGAAGAACAGUAGACAGUGUCAUUUUACAAUAUACUAAAUUUGUUAAACCUUCAUUUGAUGAUUAUAUUUUACCAACCAAGAAACAUGCAGAUGUUAUUAUUCCAAGAGGUUCAGAUAAUAUUGUUGCCAUCGAUUUGUUGACUCAACAUAUUAGAUUGAAAUUGAAAGACAGAGGUUACACUCCACAAAAGCCAAUCAAUAUUGUCGAGGGUGUUACCAAAGACAAUUUGCCAAAGAAUAUUCAUAUCUUGCCACCUACCAACCAGGUUCGUGCAUUACUCUCGAUCUUGAGAAACAAGAAUACCGAUGUCGGUAACUUUGUUUUCUACUCUGAUCGUUUGGUCAAUAUGAUCAUCGAAGAGGCACUCACUCAUUUGCCAUUCAAGGAGAAGACCGUGGUCACACCAGUAGGAACCGAAUAUAAAGGUGUCGAACCCGACUACAAUCUAUGCGCACUCAGUGUACUCCGUGCUGGAAGUUGCAUGGAACAACCAUUAAGAUCGAUCUGCAAGGGUAUCAAAACUGGAAAAGUAUUAAUUCAAUCAGAUGAAAACAAACAACCACAUUUGUUCUAUGAAAGAUUACCAGAUUUAACAGAUUCACAUGUAUUGGUGUUGGAUCCAACCAUUGCAUCUGGUGCAUCGUCGCAAAUGGCCAUUAGAAUUCUCUUGGAUCACGGUGUUCCAGAGAAUAAGAUUAUUUUUGUUACUGUCGUUUCCUCACUAAAGGGUGCUCUUACACUCAGCUAUUGUUUCCCAGAGUUAAAGAUUGUCACUGGUGCUUUGGACGAUGGAUUGUCAGAGAAAGGUUUCAUCUUACCAGGUGUAGGUAAUUAUUCUGACCGUUAUUUUGGAACUUCACUCAAAUAA